UUUUUUUUUCCGCCGCUUGGGGCGGCAGAAAACCUUGGCCAGCUCUGCAUGCCAGCUCCUAUUCUUUUACUUCCUGAAGAGGAGGAAAUGGUCAGAGGAUGGACAUGUGUAAGACCUUAGACCUAAGCCAAUGUCCUAUACUGGAAUAAAACAAACACUAAUUCCUUUUUCUUAUGCUGUUGGGGAAGGAAGCAGUACAGGCUCUCUUCCCUGACCCAGCGACACAUCUUCAGAGAGGAGCUGGUGCCAGCAAAGUUGGGUUUGCAGGCUACAGCAAAGCAGCGUCUGUCUUUUUGCUACUUGCACCCGGUGUUGGGCUCACAUCCACCAGCAGGGAAAGAUAAAGCCUGGGUCAAAUAGCAGUGGAGUUCAAAUGAGGGGAAGGGAGGGCUGGAAGGAAGAUACACAGAAAAAGGUGCGGUGGUAGUGGUUCUGAAAGUUUUGAAUAUUAGGCUUAAAUUAACUGGCUCUUUCUUUUAAUCCUGCCAUCAGUUCUUGGGUUUGUUUUCAAAAUCCACGCUGAAACUAGAAAGGAAAGAAAAGGGGGAAGAAAAUUCCUGUUCAGGUGGUUUGCUAUGUACUGCUGUCAAAAGCUAUAGCAGAGGGGCUGGAGUAUUAUCUAUGUUAUAUAGAGCCCUUAACUGCUUCAAAGCAUGGUACCAAUACAUACUGAGCCUGCGCACCCCUCCAGGGUAGGUAAGUAUUAUCCCUGUUUCAUGGACUCUUAGCAGGCCUGAUUCUCCUCACACUGGUUCUAACUCUGAUUUUUUGAAGGAGGGUCCUCCUACUUUAUGCCAAUGUAAAAGAGGGAAAUCAGGCCUGCCAAGAGUUGGAGUCUCGGAAGUGCUGAGCACCUUUGAAAAUUCAGAUCCUAAAGGGACGUACACUGCCAUAAAACACCCCAGGCUGGCCCGGGUAAGCUGACUCAGGCUCGCAGGGCUACAAAAUUGCACUGUAGAUAUUUUGGCUAGGGCGGGAGCCUGGGCUCUGGGAUUCCAUGAGGGAGGAGGGUCCUUAAUGGUGCCUUUGUUCUGGGGAGAGGAUCUAUCCCUUUCCUACCUGCCACACACACAUUUGUCCUUGGUUGCUUUAAUCAUCCUUUCAGCUUGAGGCUGCGUAUCAUGGCGCUGCCGUCUAUUUCCUUUCUAGCACUUUCCCACAAACCAAAGGGAGUGUCUUUCCCUGACACUGAAGGCAGAAAGAUGAAAAAUGGACUCAGACAGGCAAGGUUUGAAGGAUGGGCUUUUCCAAAGUGCCCCUGGGCCUCUCUGCUCUCCUGGCAGGCAGUGGGAGCUGAGUCAGCCCGGGGACAAGCAUUCCCGGAAAUCUUACGCCAACGCUCUGUGGCAGUUACCUAGUGUGCCUGCAGCCACAGUAACUUCUAGUCUGUUUAUUAACACUCAGCAUUCUGGCUGGGGCUGGCUAAUACUAUUGCAGACAGACAGACCGACCACCGCCCUUCCUGCAGCUCUGCCAAAGCACCUCCUACCCUGCCAGCCCACCUCCAAGUGCAGCUUUAGUUGUGCGGAGUGAGCUGUGUGGUGUUUGCUAAUGUGUCCACUAGGGACCAGGCUAUGACCACCCAACUCUCUCUCACUUCCGCCCAGAACCAGAGAAAAGGCUGAUGCUGCCUCUCCUGCCAUCCAUCAUGACCUGUAUCAUAUGUGUAUGACUAUAGAUUAGAAUGACUCUUUCCUGUCUACCUCUGUUUCUCUUAGUAACCAGGUAACACAGAAGCAGUGCCCUUCAUGGUGUAGACUCAUUAAAACAGAACCAUAUUAAAGAGACGAUCUGCCUGCAAAUGGCCUGGCUGAACCCUGUACUGGAAAAAAAUUCCAAGGCUUUUUCAACUCCAUUUAAGUAAAACAUUGUGUCUAUACCUAAAUAUGAACAGAACUCAUCCUCAGAGAAGUUUUGGUGGAAUCUCAUUUGACUCAACAAAGUCCUCUGAAGAAAGAGAUCGCUGCCAGGAAUGCAGUGCAUGUUUAAGUUGUACUCGAAGAUGCCUCUGUAUCUCCAUGAUUGCACUGCUUGCACUCGGUGUCGUAGGUGCUGUCAUUGGUUUCACCGUCACCUUUGGACUCUCGCCACCCACUCCUGUAAACCGUUUCUGUGUGACUUCAGGUAACCAGACUGGCUUUUUGUGUGAUGACAGAGUGACUUGCCUUCCAGCCAGUCAGAUCUGCAACAGAAUCAGAGAGUGUGUUAAUGGAGAGGAUGAGCAGGAGAAAUUAUGUAAUGAUUUGCCCAGUAACCUUCCAGGAUACUUGAUCUUCCGCUGCAGCAACGCUGUGUACUGGAUCUAUGCUGAUCAGAAGUGUAAUGGUGCGAAUGACUGUGGAGACUGUUCUGAUGAAAAGGGGACCUUGGCGAGCUGCCCUCCUUGCGGGAUUCAGUGGUGGAGAUGCACACCGGUGUUUUUCGAGUAUUGCACCUGCAUUCCUAGGGCCUUCUGCCAAGACAAAAUCCAGCACUGCUCAGACUGGUCUGAUGAGUAUGCCUGCAAUAGAUGAAGUACGUAGAGCCAAGAGGUAGCUAUGCCCCCCAGGGCAUAGUCUGCAUUCUCACCUGCCAGCCUUCUCCUCCUGCUGCUUUAAUACCCUGGGUUGAAGCUUUUGUCUGAAAAUGACACAGCCUAGUGGUUUCCUGACUACCCUACAACAGCACUGAAAGAAGGAGAGGACAGGGGCGGCUCCAGGCACCAGCGCAGCAAGCACGUGCCUGAGCGGCAAGCCGCGGGGGGAAGGCUGC